CCCUUCCCCGAUAACAGCGCCACCAUCGGCGGGAACUCGCACUACUGACGCGCUAAUAAAAAAAGGUUCCUCCUCCUGCGUCGUCUAUUCAGCUCUCGGGCUCCAGGGGCGACACAGUCCGAGGAAAAGAAGGAAACAAGGAAGAGACAUAAUUCUCUCGAGCAAAAAGACGGUUCCUCGGCUCAACAUGAAGUCUUGUCUCGCUCUGUUUCUCCUUCUGGCUCUCGCGGUCGUGACUUCGGGAAAGCGAGAGUGUGCAGGCGGCACUGGUACCUGUGUUGCAGAGAGGAAUUGCAAGAUUCUGCAUGAAAGAGGCUCAUGUCCUGAUAACAAGGUCUGCUGCCUCGACGAAAAGGGUGGUGGAAGAACUUCAAAGAAGAACGGAAACGCUGCAUGUGAAAACAAGAAUGGAAGAUGCGUCAGUGAACAGAAAUGCCAAGGAAAGGAUGUCCUCAAGAAGAUCCAGUGCAGCGGGCAGAAUGAAGUGUGCUGUCGCAAGGGAGGUAAAAGAAAUUCAAAGUCCGCCGCAAAGGCCGAGUGUAACAAUAACAAAGGGAAAUGUGUGAAGAAAAGGAAAUGCAACGAGAAUAACAUCCUCGAGAGCAAUGAGUGCAGUGGAAAUGAAGUUUGUUGUCGCAAGAACGAAAAGGCUGGUGGAAGAACUUUAAAGAAGAACGGAAACGCUGCAUGUGAAAACAAGAAUGGAAGAUGCGUCAGUGAACAGAAAUGCCAAGGAAAGGAUGUCCUCAAGAAGAUCCAGUGCAGCGGGGAGAAUGAAGUGUGCUGUCGCAAGGGAGGUAAAAGAAAUGCAAAGUCCGCCGCAAAGGCCAAGUGCAACAAUAACAAAGGGAAAUGUGUGAAGAAAAGGAAAUGCAACGAGAAUAACAUCCUCGAGAGCAAUGAGUGCAGUGGAAAUGAAGUUUGUUGUCGCAAGAACGAAAAGGCUGGUGGAAGAACUUUAAAGAAGAACGGAAACGCUGCAUGUGAAAACAAGAAUGGAAGAUGCGUCAGUGAACAGAAAUGCCAAGGAAAGGAUGUCCUCAAGAAGAUCCAGUGCAGCGGGCAGAAUGAAGUGUGCUGUCGCAAGGGAGGUAAAAGAAAUGCAAAGUCCGCCGCAAAGGCCAAGUGCAACAAUAACAAAGGGAAAUGUGUGAAGAAAAGGAAAUGCAACGAGAAUAACAUCCUCGAGAGCAAUGAGUGCAGUGGAAAUGAAGUUUGUUGUCGCAUGAACGAAAAGGCUGGUGGAAGACCUUUAAAGAAGAACGGAAACGCUGCAUGUGAAAACAAGAAUGGAAGAUGCGUCAGUGAACAGAAAUGCCAAGGAAAGGAUGUCCUCAAGAAGAUCCAGUGCAGCGGGCAGAAUGAAGUGUGCUGUCGCAAGGGAGGUAAAAGAAAUGCAAAGUCCGCCGCAAAGGCCAAGUGCAACAAUAACAAAGGGAAAUGUGUGAAGAAAAGGAAAUGCAACGAGAAUAACAUCCUCGAGAGCAAUGAGUGCAGUGGAAAUGAAGUUUGUUGUCGCAUGAACGAAAAGGCUGGUGGAAGAACUUUAAAGAAGAACGGAAACGCUGCAUGUGAAAACAAGAAUGGAAGAUGCGUCAGUGAACAGAAAUGCCAAGGAAAGGAUGUCCUCAAGAAGAUCCAGUGCAGCGGGCAGAAUGAAGUGUGCUGUCGCAAGGGAGGUAAAAGAAAUGCAAAGUCCGCCGCAAAGGCCAAGUGCAACAAUAACAAAGGGAAAUGUGUGAAGAAAAGGAAAUGCAACGAGAAUAACAUCCUCGAGAGCAAUGAGUGCAGUGGAAAUGAAGUUUGUUGUCGCAUGAACGAAAAGGCUAGUGGAAGAUCUUCAAAUGAGAACGAAAACGCUGCAUGUGAAAACAAGAAUGGAAGAUGCAUCAGUGAAAAGAAAUGCGAAGAAAAGGAUAUCCUCAAGAAGAUCGAGUGCAGCGGGCAGAAUGAAGUGUGUUGUCGCAAGGAGCUGAAGCCAACCUCACGUGCAGGGAGGUGUAGUCUGGAUGAGGAACAAUGUCUCAGUGCCGGUGGAUUUUGCAAAAGGAAAUGCAGAGGUGCAACAGAACUCAACGCGGUGUGCGGGGUUAACAAUUGCUUAUGUUGCGCUUUGUGCCAAGGCAAAGAAAAAAAGAAAUGCCAGAAAUAUGGCUUUUGUACACGAAGAAAGAAUGGGAACCAAGAACAGUGUUCAAGUAAAGAAGUUGUCAUCGAAAAGGGCUGUAAAAGAUCAAAGGACUGUGUAUGCUGUGCAAACUGCAAAGGCACAGAGAAGAAAAAGUGUUCGAAAAUAGGCGGAAAAUGUUUAAAAGAAGCAACUAAUAAAAGAACAGAAAUGAUUGAAAAGGGUUGUAAGCUUUCCGAAUGUACAUGUUGGGCGAAACCUUGCAAGGAACUGCAAGAAUGUACCGAUGCCAAGGGAACGUGUGUCAGAAAAAAGAAGGACUGUCCAAGUGGUAUACUGGAGAACGCAUACUGCAAAGGGAAAAAGUGCAAA